AUGAACGGGACAGCAGCAUCCACGGGUGGUAAGAGGAAAGCCGAUGGCUCUCUUCAAGCCAGCCCUCCGGCCAAGAGACCCGUUAACGGCAGCAACAAGCCGAGCAUCGACACGGACAUGACGACUCCUGACAUCUCCAUCGACGAUGUCAGCUACGACGACCGCUCCGACGCUGACAGCGACAUCCACCCCGUGGCCAUGUAUGUUGGCACGCCCGGCAGUCUCGGCGAGUGGCAGGACACCAUCCAAAAGGUCGUCCGCAACGUCGUCGCUAUUCGAUUCUGCCAGACGUGCUCCUUCGACACGGAUGGCGCGCUGACAAGCGAGGCCACCGGCUAUGUCGUUGAUUCAGAGAGAGGCUACAUCAUGACGAAUCGCCACGUUGUCGGCUCCGGCCCGUUCUGGGGACACUGCGUCUUUGACAACCACGAAGAAGUGGACUGCUACCCCGUGUAUCGCGACCCCAUUCACGACUUUGGCAUCCUCCGAUACGACCCCAAGGCGAUCAAGUAUAUGCACGUGGAUGGGCUCACCCUGAGUCCAGACCUGGCAAAAGUUGGUACCGAAAUUCGUGUCGUUGGUAACGAUGCUGGCGAGAAGCUGAGUAUUCUUUCGGGUGUCAUCAGCCGUCUGGACCGAAAUGCGCCCGAGUACGGCGACGGAUACAGCGAUUUCAAUACGUGCUACUACCAGGCAAACGCUGCUGCCAGCGGUGGAAGUUCCGGCAGUCCCGUCGUGAACAAGGACGGUUGUGCCGUUGCGCUUCAGGCUGGUGGCCGCUCCGAUGGCGCCUCUACCGACUAUUUCCUGCCUCUCGACCGACCGCUACGCGCACUUCAGUGCAUCCAACAGGGCAAACCGGUUACGCGUGGUGAUAUCCAGUGCCAGUUUCUGCUGAAGCCUUUUGACGAGUGCCGCAGGCUGGGCCUUACCCCUGAGUGGGAGUCGGCGACGCGCAAGGCUUUCCCGGAGGAAACCAACAUGCUGGUUGCUGAGAUUGUCUUGCCUUCUGGGCCUUCCGAUAGCAAGAUUGAGGAGGGUGACGUUCUCAUCAAGGUAAAUGGCGAGCUGCUUACCCAGUUUAUCCGCCUCGAUGACAUCUUGGACUCAAACGUGGGCAACACCAUCAAGUUUCACUUGCAACGCGGAGGAGAGGACAUCGAGGUCGACAUUGAAGUCAGCGACCUUCACAAAAUUACGCCGGAUCGCUUCGUGACUGUCGGCGGAGCGAGCUUCCACGACAUCUCCUACCAGCAGGCCAGGCUUUACGGAGUGGCUGUUCAGGGAGUGUACAUUUGCGAGGCCGCGGGAUCUUUCCGGUUCGACAAUACAGACAACGGAUUCAUCGUGCAAUCUGUCGACCAAAAGGCGGUUCCCGAUCUGGAUACGUUUAUCGAGGUGAUGAAGCAGAUUCCCGACAGAGCGCGAGUGGUUGUCACGUAUAAGCACCUGCGCGAUCUGCACACGCUCAACACGACCAUUGUAUACGUCGACCGUCAUUGGUCAGCCAAGAUGAAGAUGGCCGUUCGAAACGACGUGACAGGACUGUGGGACUUUUCCGACCUCGGUGAGCCCCUGCCACCGGUUGCCCCUGUUCGGCGGUCGGCCUCCUUCAUUGAGUUGGAUCACAUGCCGCACCUUGGCAUCGCUUCGUUGAUCCGCAGCUUUGUGCAUGUCAACUGCUCCAUGCCCGUCAAACUAGACGGCUUCCCGAAGAACCGACGAUGGGGAAUGGGCCUUGUCAUCGACGCCGACAAGGGUCUGGUGCUCAUCUCUCGAGCUGUGGUGCCGUAUGAUCUUUGCGACAUCACCGUCACUAUUGCCGAUUCCAUCAUGGUUGAGGGCAAGGUUGUCUUCUUGCAUCCGCUGCAAAACUACGCCGUCAUCAAGUACGAUCCCGCUUUGGUGGAUGCCCCCGUCGUGAGCGCUCGGCUCAGCGAUCAACACCUCACACAGGGUGCAAAGACUUACUUCCUGGGCUACAACAGGAUAAGCAGAGUCGUGCACGGCUCUACCACCGUGACGGAGAUUACGGCGGUUGCUAUCCCGGCAAACUCGGGGGCUCCACGAUACCGCGCCGUCAACGUAGAUGCCAUCACGAUUGACAGCAACCUUGGAGUUUCAUGCGGCAGCGGUGUUCUCGUAGCCGAGGACGGGACCGUGCAGGCUUUGUGGCUGCAGUAUCUCGGAGAGCGCUCCCCCAACAACCAACGAGAUGAGGAGUAUCAUCUCGGCUUAGGCACACCGACCUUGCUGCCCGUUAUUUCAGCCAUUCAGCGCGGAGAGACGCCAAGCCUGCGCAUGCUCUCAGUCGAGUUCCGAUCCAUCCACAUGUCUCAGGCACGCGUGAUGGGCGUCUCGGACGAGUGGAUCAAAAAGGUUACACAGGCAAACCGGUCUCACCACCAACUCUUCAUGGUUAGCAAGCGGACAUUUGAACGGGUAAACCACCCGGUAUCGCUCCUCGAAGGCGACGUGGUACUGACGCUCAACGGCAAAAUCUGCACCACCAUCUCCGACUUUGACGUGAUGUACUCGAACGAGGUUCUGGACGCCGUUGUUGUGCGAAACUGCGAGGAGAUGCACCUGCAGCUCCCAACGGUACUUGCCGACGACAUGGAAACACACCAUGCCGUGUCCUUUUGCGGAGCCAUCCUCCAUCGCCCUCACUUGGCCGUCCGUCAGCAGAUUAGCAAACUCCACAGCGAGGUAUACGUGUCGAGCCGCAUUCGCGGUUCUCCGGCGUACCAGUAUGGACUUGCCCCAACCAACUUUAUCACCCAUGUCAAUGGCGAGUCAACGCCCGAUCUGGAGUCGUUCAUUGCGGCAACCCGGAAAAUCCCCGACAACACCUAUUUCCGCAUCAAGGCGGUCACCUUUGACUCGGUGCCGUGGGUGAUUACAAUGAAGAAGAAUGACCAUUACUUCCCUACUAUGGAAUGGAUAAAGGACGGUAACGAGCCGUGCGGCUGGCGACGCGUGACGUACGAGGGCAAUCAGGUCUUCCAGGGGGAGGCGACUGACGGAAUCCCAACGGUUGCCGGCAAUGCUGAGAUGGAAUAG